CCAGGGAGUAUAAAGGCAAACCAUCUCAGCCAUCACCAUUUGUCUGUUACCCUCACUGUCACCAUGCUGACCUCAGGGUUGCUUGUGGUGGCUUUGCUGACCUGCCUAACUGUAAUGAUUUUGAUGUCCAUCUGGCGGCAGAGGAAGCUCUGGGGAAAGCUGCCUCCUGGACCCACCCCACUGCCCUUCAUUGGAAACUUCCUGCAGCUAAACACAGAGCAGAUGUACAACUCCCUCAUGAAGAUCAGCAAGCGCUAUGGCCCUGUGUUCACCAUCCACCUGGGGCCUCGCCGGGUUGUGGUGCUGUGUGGACAGGAUGCAGUAAAGGAGGCUCUAGUGGAUCAAGCUGAGGAAUUCAGUGGGCGAGGAGAGCAGGCCACCUUUGACUGGAUCUUCAAAGGCUACGGUGUUGCGUUCAGCAACGGAGAGCGCGCCAAGCAACUCCGGCGCUUCUCCAUCACCACGCUGCGGGACUUCGGCAUGGGCAAGCGCGGCAUCGAGGAGCGCAUCCAGGAGGAGGCGGGCUUCCUCAUCCAAGCUUUCCGGGACACGAGCGGCGCAUUCAUUGAUCCCACCUUCUACCUGAGCAGAACAGUCUCCAAUGUCAUUAGCUCCAUUGUCUUUGGGGACCGCUUUGAGUACCAGGACAAAGAGUUCCUGUCUCUGUUGCGUAUGAUGCUGGGGAGCUUCCAGUUCACAGCUACCUCCACCGGACAGCUCUAUGAGAUGUUCUCUUCAGUAAUGAAGCACCUGCCUGGACCACAGCAACAGGCCUUUAAAGAGCUUCAGGGGCUUGAAGACUUCAUAACCAAGAAGGUGAAGCAGAACCAACGCACACUGGACCCCAACUCCCCAAGGGACUUCAUCGACUCCUUUCUUAUCCGCAUGCAGGAGGAGAAUAAGAACCCUAACACAGAGUUCUACAUGAAGAACCUGGUAAUGACCACAUUGAACCUCUUCUUUGCCGGCACAGAGACAGUUAGCACAACCCUGCGCUAUGGUUUCCUGCUGCUCAUGAAGCACCCAGAUGUGGAGGCCAAGAUCCAUGAGGAAAUUGACAGAGUGAUUGGCAAGAAUCGUCAGCCCAAGUUCGAAGACCGGGCCAAGAUGCCCUACACAGAGGCAGUGAUCCAUGAGAUCCAAAGAUUCGGAGACAUGAUCCCCAUGGGCCUGGCUCGCAGGGUCACCAAGGACACCAAGUUUCGAGACUUCCUCCUCCCUAAGGGCACUGAAGUGUUCCCUAUGCUGGGCUCUGUGCUGAAAGACCCCCAGUUCUUCUCCAACCCCCAAGAUUUCCACCCUCAACACUUCCUGGACGAGAAGGGUCAGUUUAAGAAGAGUGACGCUUUUGUGCCCUUUUCCAUUGGAAAGCGGUACUGUUUUGGAGAAGGCCUGGCUAGAAUGGAGCUCUUCCUUUUCCUCACCACCAUCUUGCAGAACUUCCGCUUCAAGUCCCCACAGGCGCCCCAAGAUAUCGAUGUGUCUCCCAAACUUGUGGGCUUUGCCACCAUCCCACCAAACUACACCAUGAGCUUCCAGCUCCGCUAAAUCAGGACUGGGCCAAGGCAGAGAGAGUGGGCGGGGACGGGAAGGGAGGGCGGGGAGGGCCUAGUGGGUGUGGCUAGUGGGUAGGAUGGGACUAAGGGAAAUAAAGGGGCCUGGGGCACAGGCAAGAGCGAAGAAACAACAGAUGCCUCACCUUGCUAAAGAUAGAUCCUUCAAAGCUGAGAGGAGCAAAGGGAAGCCUUACAUUGUGCUGUAAUAAUAACAAUAAUAACAGCUAUUAUUUAUUAAGUAUUCUCUGUCAGCUCUGCUGAAAGCAGAACACGAUCUCAGUGCUCACAAACUCAUGCAAAGGGGAAGUGUUCAUGCCUGUUUUACAGGUGACGGAGCUGAGUUUUAGACAGUUUAAGUGGCCAUUGUCUUGCAGAACAUAAGUGCCCAGUAAAUACUUGAACACAGGUCUGUGCCCAUUGUACUUGGGGCAGAUUUUUAUAAGUCAACCUUUAACCUAGUGUGGUGAUGCACAUCUGUAAUCCCAGAAAUCUGGAAGGCUGAGGCAGGAGCAAGUUUGAACCCAACCUGGGCAACUUAGUCACUAGCAAGAUCUAUUAUUUUUAGAAGGGGAGAGGGGCUGAGGAUGUAGCUUGGUGGAAAGGUCUUGGGUUCAAGCUGCAGUACUGCAAGAAAAAAAAAUCUCCCCUUCAACAAAAAAAUAAGAGCUAAGUGUAUGAUCACACAACCUGAAGAGCCUGGUCCAGGGUUUGUUUGGGUUCUUUCUUCCUUUCUUUCUAGAGCCCUGGCAGCCAGAUGACUUGGCUUCACCACACACUUACCCCCACUCUCACCCACUUGUGGACACCUAGAGUCAGUCUGGGGAGCUGGAAUCGGGCCUCUCAAUUAUGUGUCUGAGGGAGAAAAACAGUUCCAGAGAAGGCCAGGAAAACAUUGGGUCAGACAUUGCAUAGCCAUGAAUGUAUUCAUGGACAUAAUUGGACACAAGUGUAUGACUGCAUGUUCUUUUCAGGAUAUGCAUGAACACAGAUCAUGUCAUGGUGUCCUAAGGGUUGGGAUCUCCGAUGGAUCUAGGACCAGCUGUAAAACCCAGACGACAGUCUGAAAAUCUCUUGCCUGGUCUCUAAUGAGUUACUAUAAAUCCCUUAUGGUGUGAUGUGCUUCGGUAGUGCAUAGUCUGAACAGCUGUAUCCAUCAGCCUUGGAUCUCUGUCUUUCUACAAUUCUGUGUGCACACGCGAGCUUACCCAUCCAAACACACAUAGGGAACUCACCCCAUUAUAAGGAAUGUGAUAUAGAUAAAAGAAAGGGAAGGUGUCUCCUGCUCUCAGAAUCCUACAGGAUUCAUAAUAAGCUAUGAUUGUUAUAUUUCUGAAUUUAUUUUAUCUAUGUCUUACAACAUAAGCUCUAUGAAGGGGCUUCCUCUUGCUCACUAAAAUGAAGAUAAGGAUGAACCCAUUGACACACAUUAUUACCAUGUGGGUUAACAACCCAGCAUCGCAGUCAAACUACAUUCAUCCAUGUGCACAUCUCCUUAAGGGGCUUCAUCAACCUCUACUCAAGAAAUCUAAGAGUUGUGGAGUAACAAAAUUAUCAGAUCCUACGACUACUGAGUCUAAAAUUCAAAAUCUUGGAAUCUCAGAUUCCUAAACCUUGGACUCAAAAUCUUUGGAUCACUGAUACUUGGAAUUCGUGGUGCUUAGAAUUUUUAUCAGAGGUCUCCCUGCAUACACCUUUGGGAAUUGCAUUCCAAGCCUCUUUGUGGUGGGAAACUUCAGUUCUUCAAGCUCAAUAUUCCUUCUCAGAAAGAGUCAAGAGUAGAAGGAGGGACUGGAGCUAGAGGGUUUUACCAAUGAGAUAUGCCUCUUGCGUGAGGUACAGUAGCUAGUAGGCCUUUGCCCUACUGUAAGGAGGGAGAAGAGGAGAACAAGUAUCAAUUCACAUAAUUCUCAAACUUAAUGUGGAAAAUAAAGGCAGUAUAUCAUUAAGGCUUUCCAGGGGUGCUGAGAGAAACCACAAUUUAGUCACCAACACCCUUGUCUAGACACUCUGGGCUCUAAAAGUCUUUAAGGGCCAAAUCUCUAGCUAUGCUGGGAAUGAGAUGAAAAGAUGAGCCCUAUUAUUAUUCUUUUUACCUCAUGUUUAUGACAUGUAAUGUUUCCAUUCAUUGUGGUUAUUUGGUUCAUAUACAUGGCAUAUCUUAAUAUUUCUUACCUCCCCUGCCCCUCCUCUUUUCCCCUUGCCCUCAGUCUCCUGAAUCCCUUCCCAUUUGCAGGAGAUCUUUCUGCUUGUUUCCU